AUGGAGAGGAAUUAUCCCGCUGCAGGAUUCGGAGACCUAGGGGCCGGGACGGGAUGGAGUUACGACAGAUCGGCCAAAGCAAGCUUCGUGUAUGGGAGCUCCAGGUCAUCCCACCCAGACUCAGAGCUGCUCCAUCGGCAAACCUAUGGCCCUCCUCACACCCUCCAGGGCUAUGCAACCAACCACCACCCAGGAAGCUCAAGACAGGCUGGGGCCUGGGGUGCUGCUGGACGCACACUUGGUCUGUCGGGACUAUUUGACACCAGCCUCCAUCAUGCCAAUCCCUCGGGUCCUGACCCCUCCGUCAUGAAUCUGAUUUCGGCUCUGGAGUCGCGGGGUCCGCAGCCGCCACCCUCUGCUUCCUCCCUCCUCUCUCAGUUUCGCACUCCUUCUUGGCAGACUGCAAUGCAUACACCGGCACCAGCGGAGCUCUUUAUGUCAGGGGCACUUCCUGGUUCAAGCUCCUUCCACUCCUCCUCAGCCCUUUCUGCAUACCAGCAUCCUGGCUCCUUCUCUGGACGAUCUUUCACCCCCUCACUAUCCCUGCAGGACACGCCUACAUUUAGCCCAACUUCCAAUGGUUUGCUAUCCCCCCAUGAUCCCUUGCUGCACAUCAAAACACCCUCCCAGGCCAACUUAGGCUUUGAUCGCUUGCUGUCUUCCCACAGUGCUACCUACCGGGGCUCCCAGGAGCACCUGGCCCCUUCUCAGACCCAAGCCCCUCCCACCUCCUCCAGUUGCCACCUGCCCCCUCCUCAGUUCAACCUGUUGUCCUCCCAGCUCAACAACCAAUCCUCCCAGCUGUAUAAUGCCUCCUUGUACUCUUCCACACCAGCCCUGCUGCCCACGGCUCCCCCUCCACCACAGCCUCCUUCAGAGAGACCAGUUUCCCGGCAGGACAGUGUGAUAAAGCAUUACCAACGCUCGUCCCCCGCCCAGUCCACAACACUCGUCCCACAGCAAUAUGUUAGCUGUGGUGGGUCAUCCAGCUAUCAGCAGAUAGCCAGCCAUCACCGGCAUGCUGGAUUGUCCUGCAGUCCCCUUGGGGAGCAAAGCCCAACCUCUGACCCGAAGCCCCCACCAAGGUUGGAAUCCAAGACAUAUCGACCUAUCAUCCAAACUCCCUACACAUCGUCGUCCUCAAGCUCCUCAGCCCCUUCCUCGUCUGGCCCUAACCGAGCCAAGAAUUCCAGCUCCAGUAGUGGCUACUCUUCUUCGGGCUCAGCUUCAUCCUCUUCCCGUACUCCACACACUCCACCAUCAGCUUCCUCCACUUCCUCCUCAUCCUCUUCAAGCUCAAAGACAAGCACUGGCACCUUGUCUGCUCCCUCUUGUCAGCAGCCUCCGUCUCAGUCAGCACCAGCACCACCUCCUCUACCAGUGGUGUCAUCCAACCUAGUUCAACAGCCAGCACCCAAACAAUGCCUCUCCACCUAUGGCUCUCCGCCUGUGGCCAAAUCCAGCACAGGCCUACCAGACCAGACCCCUCCCCAGCAACAUGCCCAGUCUUACUCUCCCAACCAGCCUCCAUCUGCACACAUGACCCAGUCUUAUGGAGGCUUUAACUCACCUCAUGCUCAGGAUCUGAGCUCUGGAACAGGGGUUUCUGGAGGGAAGGCCUUCACUGGUACAGUCUCAGGAGGACGCUCGUUUUCUGCAGAGGUAGUCUUUGGGGAUUCGAGCUUUGGCUCAACUCCUCUCAGAAGAGUAGGCAGUCCCUCUUUAGGGUAUGGGAUUGCUGGAGGAUCAACAGUAAGUGGACCGGAAUCAGGAGCUACUUCAAUGGGCAGUGGCAUUACAUCUGCAGAAUCAGGGAGCGGGGCUGCUAGUGUUCGUAAUGGAAGCAGCAGCUCUUACCACCUUCCUGAGUCUUGCCCCUCGCCCUCCAGCAAUUCUACUAUCAUUCGCCCUGGAUUGCACUCUCCUUCUUCUGCUCGCCCUGCUCAGUCCCCUGGAGGCCCAGGGGCUACCAAAUACUUGUCCUCCAUUCACUCACCUGCUUUUAUGUCCUCACCCCAAGUUUACCCUGAUACACGGCAAGUGCAGAGCCAGUCCUACCACACAACACCACCAAAGCCAAAAACGGACACCAACAUGUUGGGAGUUCAACAAUCCCCAAAUGAGGAAGAGGAUGAUGACGAUUUCCUCAUCCACCACUUACUACAUGCCCAGAGUUCAACUCCCCAUGCUACCCAACAUCACCCACCUCCUCAGCAACUACCACUGCCGCUUCCACAAGCUAGAGAUGGGAAAGGCAAGGGGUUGACCUAUGACAUUAAUAAGAUCUCAGAAGAGCGCUACCACCUUCAGAGUGUCAUUCGUACUAAUAACAUCACCAGCAGUUCAGGUCCUGGAACGGCAACUGAUGAUGUUGCAAGUGGCUUAAACAGUCAGCUGGAAGCAUCACAGAAGAAACAGCAACAGGCCAAAUCAGAGUUGACCAUAUCAAAGUCCAACGUUGGAGGGUUAGGAGGGGUCACUGACUCUCUUUCCCACUCCAAUACUACCCACUCCCAUCAACAACAACAUGACUCCUUGGGCCCUGUGGUCCAUUAUGGAAGAGGGGAUCCCUACACACAGCACUCCCGUCACACCUCACAUGUGUCAUCACACUCUCAGCAACACUCUCAGCAUCCCCAAAUCUCUCUGCACACUCAACACACACAGCACUCGCAACAUACUCAGCAUGGUCAUCCUCAUUCCCACUCUCACUGCCACCCUCACAUGGAGCUGAAGAAGCCUUCAGAUGCAAAUGAACAUGCCUACUUGUGUAACACAUCAGAUGUGCAGCAGGCUCGACAAAGCCAGGUCCCUCUCUCCCUGAUAGAUUCACCGCCAGACCCUCCCCAGCAAACUCACAUGCUCCAAUCUGUCCUUUCUCAUACAACUCACCCUAAGAUGGACCCCCAGCAAGCCACUCCACAGCAGCAGCAGCAACAGCAGCAUCCUUUAAGCCAGCAGGCCAUGAUGGGUUCAGCUGGAGGAGCAGGGCCUGCUCGAGUGGAAUCCCAUCCACAGAGCCAGUCCUCACAGUUGCAACUCCAAAUCCAGAACCAGGGUAUAGAUACACACUACAGCCUUGGAGCCCAGCAAAGAGAUAAAUCCCAAACCAGUCUGAACUCAGUGUCUCCACUAGACAUGCUAGACCAAUCUCUUUCCCGGACUAACAGUAGAGGUGGUGGAGGAACUCUGGACAGAACAGGAGUUGGAGUGACUGUAACAGGAGGGGAGGGAGGUGGUGGAGACAGACAUGGACAGCAGCACAGACUUACACCCAACCACCAUACCCAACAAACGGCCUCAGAUCUCCAUGACUUUCUCUCUGAACCCGAUUUGGGCUUGUCCACCCCCUCACACCUUCACCACCUCAACCAGCCUCAGGCCCAUGCCCACUCCCAUGCCCUCCAUCAGCAGCAAGCACACUCUCACCAUCAGAUGGCACACUCUCUUUUAGCUCACCCCCACUCCCACCGAAUGACAGUAAAUAUGGGAACUCCGCAACAACAGCAGCAGCGCCAACAAAUAGAGCCUGAAAGUCUGUCACACUCCCACCUAGACCAGCUCAAACAGCACCAGUUUGACACAGUGAGCCCUGUGGGUAAAGGAGGACUGAAUCAAGUUCAGCAGCAACAGCAGCGGUUUGCACCUCUAACAUCCAUCUGCUUUCCAGACACUCUCUUGAACGAUGAAGACCGCUCUUUCUUUCCUGAGAUGGAGGACAUGUUUUGUUCAGCUGAUUACAAAUCAAGCUGUGCUGAGGAUUCUGGGCCAGGACAGGAUGCUCAAGAAAGCCUUACCCAGGGCCAUGGGCAAGGGCAAGAGGGUAUGGAGGCCUUAAAAACAGGAAGUGCUGGAGAGGGCUAUGAUAUGGUUGGUCAUCACAGUGAUCAAGGCUAUGGACGGUAUUGCCACAGCCUUCCAGGAACAGGGAAUGGCAGUCUACACUUAGAACUUGACUCUAUGAAGGCCCACGAGCUUCCCUCUACUGUGAAUACUGACCAGCUAGGCCUCAUCCAAUCCCAAACACCCACUAUGGGUUUGAGUUCAACAGUUCAAGGGGAUGGCUCAGUAAACAAGAUGAUGGGAGUUGUAGGAGUGGGUGGAAGUUCAAGUACUACCGGUCUGACCUCACCUAUAUUCUGUGCCUCUAGACCCAAGAAACUGCUGAAGACCAGCUCGUUUCACUUGCUCAAACAGCGACGUGAGCCACAACCACAAACAAAGAAAAGCUAUGCGCAGGAGUACGAAUUUGAAGACGACGAGGAUAAAGCUGAUGUUCCAGCUGAUAUUCGCCUAAACAGUCGACGCCUUCCUGACCUGCUCCCUGACUUGGUGUCUAGUUGUAGGAAGGCUGGUGGCGCAUCAGGUGUAAGUGCACUCAGUCCACUGAUAGGUGACAUGGACUUCUGCCAGCCCUCCAGCUAUGCCUCCCUUGGACAUCCUCCACAACUCCUCCCCCAUGAUGGACCUAAAAAAAGAGGCAGGAAACCUACUAAACCAAAACGUGAAGGCCCUCCUCGCCCACGAGGUAGACCACGCAUUCGUCCUCUUCCAGAGCCUCCUUACUGCAGGGGGCUGAUGGGAUCAGUAGCUGGAGAAAGUAAGAGAGGUCGGGGGCGGGGUCGAGGGCGAGGCAGGAGGGAGGAAGUGCAUGUUGAAAUGCAUCAGGAUAUGAACAACGUUCAAAGCCUCCCAUAUCAUCAGCAGCAGCAACAGUUUGGCACACAGCAGCAUCUCCAACAGCAUCCACACAACCAUCCCCGACAGCAGGCAGAGCACCACCAAGCAACACAACAACAGCAUCACCUGCACCAUCAGCAGCAUGUUUCCUGUCCUCCCCACCAACCGCAUCAACAGCAGCAACACCAACGGCAUCAUCAUCAACAACAACAGCAACCAUCUCAGCAGCUGCUACAAGAUCCAAUCAGACCUAUCAAGAUCAAACUACCCGUUCCCACCAUGCCUGCAUCAGAAUCCUUGUUGAGGACAGACUCACUGUCCAGCACUGAGCCAGUUCUGUCUGACGGAUCUGUGGGGUCGGCACCAUCUCUGGGACUGAGUCCUGGACCCAGUGCCGCCAUGGACAUCAGCAGAAAUGAGGAGAACCAGACUCAAGACAGGAUGAUGAAGCAUCAGCAAAAAGCUAUGGCGUGGAAGAAAGACAUUGACGAUCCACUGAAUCCUGAAGACUGGGCUGCUAUGCAGAAGCUCUCCUGCUCAGCUGAUGAGAAGGCUUUCGACUUCAAACCUGGCUUCAUGGCCUCGUUUUUGGACUUCCUGAAGACAGGCAAAAAACAGACAGGCCUUGAACUGGGACAUGAUGGAGGUGAGCAUGAUUCCCUAAACCCCUGUUCCUCUAUGAAGGGAGGGAUCAGGCCCUUAUCACCACCCCUCCCACCCCUACAACCAACUCCUCCACAGCGUCCGCGAACAUUCAGCGAGGGAGGGCAGGGCGAUGUGGCAGACCUGGCUCUCAGCAGCUGCCCGAGUCCCUGCAAGCCACUGGACGAUGAGCUAAAAGGAAACCUGGAGACGCUGCCCUCCUUCUCCUCUGAUGAGGAGGACUCGGUUAGUAAAAACCAGGACCUGCAGAAAAGCAUCUCAUCUGCCAUCUCUGCCCUUUAUGACACCCCACACUCAUUAGCUGCUGCAAUGGCUUCUGCCAUGGCCAAGGCCCCACCCAACCUGUCUCCCCCUACCCCACAAGAGCCGUCACUCAGCCCUCUGCUCCCUGCCAUGCCUCCCCUCAUCCCCAGUAUGGAGGAUGGAAAAGAGGAGGUGCUCACUUACACACAGGAUCACAUGCAGGAGGAGCAAAAAUCGGUCUCCUCACAGUCAAAUGGAGAAAAAGUGGAUGAGAGGGAGGUUAAGCAAGGAGGAGAAGAGGAGAAGGAGGGAGGUGGGCACUAUGCAGACAAUGAAGAACAAAUGAGAGAUCUACAUAAUCUGCAGCAGGGAGCCCUGGAAGAGCAGGAGGAGGAGGAAGAGGAAAGGAUGUCUAGAAUGCAGAUGUUGGAGGUCCCUCAAAUUGAAGGACCUGUGCUUGCUCCUGCCCCUCCAUCCCCAUCAUCGUCCAUCUCCCCCUCCACUCCACCCAGAUACUCUUCACCCUCGCCCCUGCCUCCCCUGAGUCUCUCCAUACCCUCCCAACUGCAAAUCCAGCAGGAGGAGGAAGAGGCCAUUCAAACCUAUCCUCCUUUUGAGCAGCAGCAGUCCUCCUACCAACCGGCUCCAACUAGUACCUCCCCUCCCCCAUCAACAUCCCCUCCGGCUAUCCCAUCCUCACCCCUCUCCAACCUUCCCCUGGGUCAGUCCAUUCCCCCUCCAUCCACCACACCUCCCCCAUCAUCCUCUGAUCUGGACCAGGAACCCGAAGCUGAGCAGCCUUCCCCCUCCUCACUCACCUCUUCGUCACCCACUUCAACAUCCUCUCCGCCACCAUCACCUCCAACCCCGGAAGAGGCCCCAACAUCUCAGCGUCUUACCUCCCUCCACCUGGCAAAGAAGCAGGCUGAUGCUGCCAUAGCUGGGGAGAGUGAAGAGGAGGACAGUGAGAGUGGAGGAGAGGGAAUCUUCCGUGAACGGGACGAGUUUGUGGUUCGAACAGAGGACAUCGGGACGCUUAAGAUGGCCUUGCAGACAGGCCGGGAGCCCCCACCCAUCUGGAGGGUGCAGAAAGCCUUGCUCCAGAAAUUCAGCCCAGAGAUCAAAGAUGGUCAAAGGCAGUUCUGUGCAACCAGUAACUAUCUGGGUUACUUUGGUGAUGCCAAAAUGCGCUACCAGCGUUUGUAUGUGAAGUUCUUGGAGAACGUCAACAAAAAAGAUUAUGUUAGAGUGUGUUCUCGGAAGCCCUGGCAUAGAGCUGGUCUCACUCUGAGACGCCAGUCACUUCCCAAACAGCUACCCUCCAUUCACAAUCAAACCCCACCUCGAGUGGAAAGAGACGACAAGGAGAGACAGAAAGAUAGAGAGAUGAAGGAGCAGAGGGAAAGAGAAAAAGAACAAAGAGAGAGGGAGCACAGGGAGAAACAGAAAGAGAGAGAAAGGAAAGAGAACACUGAGAGGGAAAGAGAGGACAGAGAGCAAAAGGAGAGGGAACGUACGGAGAAGGAGAAAGAAAUGGAGCUGGAGAAGGCGAGGGAGAGUGAAAAAAGGGAGAAAAGAGAGAAAGAUAGAAAAGAAAGGGAGAGAAGAGAAGAAAGGGAGAAACAGGAGAGGGAGCAGAGGGAGAAGGAGAAAGAGCAGAAGGAGAGAGAGAAGGAGAAAGAAAGAGAGCAGAAAGAGAAGGAAGGAAGAGAGAGGGAAAAAGAGAAAGAGAGACAAAGGGGUCAUGAGAAAGAGAAACAGGUGAUAGAGGAGGGAGAGAGGAGAGAUGGCACAGUGGAGUUUGCAAGGUUGAAGGAGGAGAAGAGAGGAGGAGAGAAGAAAAUGGAUUGUCAGUCCAGAGCCAAGACAUCAAAGGAUAAGGCAGAGCCUCCUCCCAAGAAGAGGAAGAAAUGGCUGAAGGAGGUGCCAUCCUCUUCCUCUGAGUCUGACUCCUCCCGGCCCAGCGAUGACGAAGGACCGGUGCGGGCUGGAGUUAACAGCCGAGCCAUGAGGGAGAUCUUCAGGAGCUAUGUGGAGAUGCUGGUCAGUACAGCACUAGACCCUGACAUGAUCCAAGCACUGGAAGACACUGAUGAUGAGUUGUACCUCCCACCAAUGAGGAAAAUUGAUAGCCUUCUUAGUGACCAGAAGAAGAGGUUGUUGAGGAGAGUCAACAUGAGUGUUCAGCACCAGGAGGCUAUACAUAUAUUCCCCAAAAUGAUUGCAGACCCCCUGGAAUCUGGAGCUGUCAAAGUUCACCUGGGUGGGGAGGGGUACAACCGCAAAACGCUCAACCGGGUCAAGAGGAGUAUUCCUAAGCAACAGGAUCUAAAGCUCUCAAUCGAAACUUGCCGGAUCUACAGUCUGUAUCAUUCCCUUCACCACUACAAGUACCACACCUUCCUGCACUGCAAGAAGGAGACGGACAGCAUUGAGCAGGCAGCGGAGGACCCCGGUCAGGAGGAGGUGGUGCAGCAGUGCAUGGCUAACCAGGGCUGGCUUGAAAGCCUCUUUAACUCCUUUAUGGAACUGCUUAGCCUCAGUGCCAAGGCAUGAAGGAGGACCACAGCCCAAGCCACCAAGCUUACACAUCCACCUGCAGUAUUAAGAGGAUGGAGGCAUCCACAAUUUGUGAAACAAAAGGAUCAUGCUACAGAUACUCUACGGAUGCUACUAGUGAGAACAUUCACUGUUGGUUUGUUUGUCAAAGAUUUAACUUUUAAAGUGUUUGUUUUCUUAUUAAGUCCAUUUAAAAGUACCUCUUUAUUUCAUGAACAGUAUUGAAAGAUGGAGGGAGUGAACUAUGUGAAUGUGAUGGAUUUCCACAAAAGUCAAAUAAGGGACGAUAAGAUACUUUGGUCAGCACUACAAAAUAGUUCUUUGUUAAGACCUACAGAAUAUUGAGAGACACACACAAGAUGUCUAUAAGUAUUAACUACUAUGGUUUGUAUAAUUUAUACAAGGAUAUUUCAAAAAUGACCGUCCUGAGAUGGGAUUGUUUGCUGUUAUUAUUGUUUUUGAAAAAUGUUUUAAAGGGAUAUACAUAAAAUGGCCCUACUGAAAUUCUUUGCAUCUCUCAGACAGACAUAGGUAAACUAUAGUUGAUUGAGACAGCAGUGAAAUUUAAAAGGACUAUAUGAUAGUCUCUUGUUUCUAUCUGCCUCAGUUAGAAGCAGUUGAUUGAAGGGAAAUGUAUUUAAAACUAAGCUGUGUUCUUUCUGUUUGUUCUUCAAAAGACAAUGAGAGAGAGGAUUUAAUGCCUGUAAAGACGAUGAAUGAAAAAAUAAAGCACGACUUUCUUGAAGGAAGUGAGAGGUGAAAUGAUCCAAAUUCAUAAAUGUCAGUGUUUAAUGUCAGUCAUUUUUAUCUGUUUGUUGUUGAUUGAUAUUUCCUAUUCUUUGACCUCUCAGAGGAUAUUCUUGUAGAGCAAUUCUGUUGUUUUGAUGUGUAAAUAUUGUACAGCUACUUCAUUCUCUAGUUCCCAGUUGCUCUUCUGUACAUGAAAUUCCUGUAUUUGACA